AUGACUAACAACUCCCACCGCAGUGAUAUCCGAUCGCCGAUAGGCUCACGCCCGGCGCUCAUCUACCGUAACAUACUGUGUGUCAACCACCAGUUCUACAACGUCGGCGUGGAAUGGCUUUAUAGGACCCUGUGCUUUCGCUCUCUAGAACAGCUAAAGCUUUUUGCACAGACGAGCGAGAACAUGGGUGUAGCACCGCGUUCGGUAACUGUCGACCUGACAGGCAAAUUUGCGAGAUCAGAUGUCUGGCAACAUCUUCGCGAAGCGUUGUGCAGGUGCCGCGAUCGUACUAGGAAACUGGGGUUAAGGGAGAAGCAGAUCCCAUUGGAGAUUCUUAGUCUGAAGCUCCAUUCAUACUCACGGGAUAGCAGCCACCAUGUGUUCGAAGAGGCACUGUCCAUUGCCAAUCCCCGAGUAUUUCGGUGGACCGGACCUGACCCGGAUCACCACUUCUCCACUGCGAUCGUUGCGCCCGUAGCAAGCCGCCUGUGUAGAACAUUUGGCAUUUGGUCCAACAUUCAAGAUAUCACGGUCACUAACAUCACCUUCUCCGUCGAAUCGGACGAUUCAGUAAUGCCAUUACUUCCAGAGAUUCCCGGUCUUCGCACUCUCUAUGUGGGUCAGGCGACGUUCCUGAGUGCAGGGUCUGUUGCGGCACUGUUCUGUGUCAAUAGAAUGGCGAGCCUGGAAAGGGUGAGGCUCGUGGAUGCCUACUGUGAGAGUAUUUGGGGCUCUAGAAUUCGGAGGUCGGAUAUCGAGAAGGCAGUCCAAAUUAUAAUGUUUCCCCAGGAUGCGGCACAAUACGAAGGUGUACUUUCACGCAUUCGGAAUAUACUUACAUGCGAGAAGAAGACGGAGCGUAUAAUUGGAGGGGAUCGGGUGGAGGGUAACAUCUUUCUGGUUUGA